CCUGUAUAUAAAAAAGCCCCCACCACCCCACACAUCCAUCUUUCCUCCAUUCCAAAAAUUGCUCUAAAUUUCCAGAUUUCUUCCUCCAAACUCCGCCUGUCGUUUUUGGUGGCAUCAAUUCAGGGGAAGGAAAGGAAAGGAAGGAGAGAACUCGUCAAGAUGGGAUGGUUUUGAUGUGUCCAUUAUGUGCAAGUGGUGUCAUGUAUUUGUGGAAGAAAAAAAAGAGGGAGGGGGUGAGGAGAUUGAGGUUUUCUCUUUCUUUCUUCCCUUUUUUUAUUUGUUGAUUGUAAGGUUGCGUUUGUGUGGAGAUGCUAUAUGCUGAUGCAUUAUGUUGUGUUGUUCUUCGGACAAGUAUACAUGUAUUGGAAAAUCCCUUUUGACAAAUGUUUUAUUUGCAUUUUCCUCUAAUUUUUGCAACGUAUAGCACUCUGGUUCCAUUGAGGUGGAGUCUUCAAUCGAAAAGGGCUAUUAAUACACUUUAGCAGUUAUCAGUUAUCCUGUUUGAGACUGACAUGUGGUUACAUGGCUUAAGUCUGAAUCUUUUCUCUCCAAAUUUGUGUUGAGAAUAAAUAUUCAUCUCAUCUGCCAAUUUUCACCGUAGUUCUUGCUCUGUGAGUUUAUAGAACUUCUAGUUGAAUCCUGCUGUUCUUUUUAUUUCUGUUGGAUUAUUUUUUCAUCAGGUUCUGGAGGUCAUUUGAGUUUAUCUUUUUGUAUGGGUAAGGAGGGGGGACAUUGUUUGCUGCCUUCUGGAUUCAGGAGGGAUGGGAUUACAGAUCUUUCUUGAUUGCAAUAGGUUGAACCACCUUAUUAUAAUGACUAAAUAAUGCACGUCUUCCAUUCCUUUUUUUUUUCUCUGAACUUUAGAUCAGAUUAAGUAGACCUUGACGGACUAGUUACUUUGUACUUGCAUCUAAAUUUUAAAGUAAUGUUUGUUAUACCUUUGUUUUUGGGGUUUUUCUAGCAGGUUUGAGAUAACUGCCCUUCAUGGAAAGGGAAACAUCAUGGGUUAGUCAUUGCUUCAAUAAGAUUGAACAAGGAAUAGAACUGGACUCGUUUUCUGAGACAACCGAUGAUGGUAAUAAGGAAGCUGCAACAGUUUCCUUGGACUUGAUUCUCCCUGAUGAUCUGUUGGAGCGAAUAUUAUCGUAUCUACCGAUUGCUAGCAUUUUCAGGGCAGGAUGUGUGUGUAGAAGAUGGAACGAGAUAGUGAGUUCAAGAAGGUUUGUAUGGAACUUGUCACAAGUCCUGACACAAAAGCCAUGGUAUUUCAUGUUCACAAGCUCCGAUGAACCUGUUGGAUAUGCUUUUGAUCCGAUUCUUCGGAAGUGGUAUGGCAUAGAACUUCCCUACAUUGAGACAUCUAAUUGGUUCAUUGCUUCAUCGAGUGGAUUAGUAUGUUUCAUGGACAACGACAGUAGAAGUGAAGUAUAUGUCUGUAAUCCUAUAACCAAGCAAUGUAGGAGGCUUCAAGAGCCUCCUGGAUUGAAAUUCUCGGAUUAUAGUGCACUGGCUAUUUCAAUGAACCGUGUUUUGCAUAGUUACUGUGUUUCAAUUGUUAAGUCUAAGCAAGUGCCAGGAAACUUUGUCCAGUGGGAUCUAUCGAUCCAUAUCUAUCAUUCAGAUACAAUGAUGUGGUCUACCCCAGUGAAAGAGGUCUUGACAGGAUGGAGAGGAGGCGAUGAGAGCGUGAUCUGUGACGGUGUUUUGUACUUUUUGAUUUACUCCACUGGAGGUGGGGCCCCUGAAUGUCGACACGGGUUAGUAACUUAUAACCUCCUUAGCAGAUCAUCUCAUGGUUUGCUUAUGAGGAGUUUUAUCCCUGCUCCUUGUUCACUUACAUGUGGCCGUCUCAUGAACCUUAAGGAAAAGCUGAUCAUGGUUGGUGGGAUUGGGAAACAGGACCGUUCAGAUAUUAUUAAGGGAAUUGGCAUAUGGGCGCUCGAAGGGAAGGGUUGGCAAGAGAUUGCUCGUAUGCCUCAUAAAUUCUUUCAAGGUUUUGGCGAGCUUGAUGAUGUUUUUGCCAGCAGCGGGACCGACGACCUCAUAUACAUACAGAGCUAUGGUGCCCCUUCUCUUCUCGUUUUUGAUGUGAACAGCAAGCAUUGGAGAUGGGCUCAGAAAUGCCCUGUCACAAAAAGGUUCCCUCUUCAGCUAUUCACUGGUUUUUGUUUUGAACCGAGGCUUGAAAUUAUGCCUUAAUUUUUUGCUAUUAUGCUGACAGCUUAAUGGUGGGUGGUUUUGUUUUGUAUUUUUGGGAAAGCCUUGUUCACUUGCCAAGGUUUACUUUCUCUUUGUUCUAUUUCAAUGCCAGCCUUCCUUACAAUCCUUAUAGUUCUUUGUCUGGAAAGGUUUAUAUAUGUACCAGCCAAAGUUGGGGUUCAUUGAAAUGGAAAAAUCCUCUAUUCUUUAUCUUGGUAAUUGUUGUAGCCUGUAUAGCUUUUUAUUUUUUUUCCCAUCGAAUUGAAUAGUGUUUGUCUCAAAUUUGAAUUAGAGAAUAACUUCUUGAAACAUGUAUUGUGACAGGAUAUGAUUCACAGAACCAACUCCGCAUAAUACAAUAAGAGCUUAAUUGUCUUUGUGGAUGAUUUCUCUGCUAACCUUUAUGAGAUCUUUAUAUCUGGCCAAUUCAUAUCUGCAAUGCAUGUGAAUUUCACAGAUCUCCGUAGUUAAAUUGUAUUCCACUUCAGCAACUCUUGGCAUUUGAGCAUCUCUAAUGGGAAUAGAUUUCUCUUUCGUUACUCAAGGAAUUUGUUGGAUGGCACUGCUGCCCUAUUUGCCCCUUGAUUUAGUUCUUGCUUGUCAUUCAAUAUCGGAAUCUGGAUACUGCUUCUCUUUACCUAGAGUACACAACAUAAAAAAACUCAUUCAAAGUUAUUAUUGGAAUGUUAAAGAUGGAAUUCUUCUUGGCUAUCAGCCCUUGAAUGAAUGCCUGCGACUCCCGAUAUAUCUAGAUUGUUGGGGUGAAUCAUAGGAACAUUGUGGCUUGCAGCUAUCCUGUUUCUUUAGCCACCCUUGUUAAUUGAAAAACAUGAUUGUUUUAUUCAUGCAUAGCAUGAAGACGGCAUCAGAAAAUUAUAACUCAAUAUCUAGUUUGUUUCGUGAAAACAAUAUUGGCAUUAUGAGACAACUUUUGAUCAGUGAGCUCCAAAUAUAUCCUAAUGUAUAUCACACCCGGACAACUUUUUGAAAUGCUUCUGGACCACCAGAUCUAUAAGUGAAAAAGGAGGGGGAUGGGUAACAUUGUAGUAUCAGAAAUUCCACAUGGGAAUUGAAUAGUUUUGCGUUGGCGGCCUGCAAUUCAAUAGUGUUUACUUCAAGAGGGGCAGACUAGUUCUUUCCAUUAGGAUUGUCAGUUUUUUUCAUUUGUUUGAAUGUUUGUAUGCUUGUCUUCUUAGUGACUUCUGCUGUACUUUUUUAUUUCAGGGAUGCACCCUUUUCCAUUGCAAUAAUAUUAUGUAAAGACUCUGCAACUUUUUGCAGGCUGAUAAUGGAUUCACCACGGAAAGAGUGUCAUUUUGAAGCAUUAUCUACUCAGCUUUCUUAAUACUCCGUAGUCACCCCAUUAAUAUUCCGUUCAGUCCAACAUAAUGAAUACUCUUUCUAUCCGAACUGAUUGUCCUAUUUGAAUCAAACUAACAAAUUUUUGUCACACAGUAACGAUGUCUUUAGGAGUAGACUGGGCUGGUUGCUGCUAAUCACAGAUUGUGGCACAUCUUAAUCAGUCCUUGUACAAGACUCUUUUUUAUUUCCCCCUCCUUUCAUUCACAAUCUUUACUUAAUAUAAAUUAUUAGUGGUGAUCAUGAUUAGAAUUUAGAAGGGUGGAUUUUCCUUC